AAUUGUAAUAAAAUAUCAGUUUCACACUCUGUUCAAAAACGCGGCGUCACUUUUAGGUUUAUUUCACCGCUCAGCGACAAAAGUCUCUUCGAUUUUGAAAAGAAGAGAGCCUCCUCCUCCUCCUCCUCUCCAUUCUCUGCUUCUGCCCAUCACUAUCUCUCUCCAUCUCUUUAUCAGAUUGAUUGUCAGCGUGCUCUAUACUCGAAUCAUAGCGAUUUGUGAAGUUGUUAAGCCAAGGGGUCUCUGGGACAGAGCACAUAUCUCACUCAGGUAUAGUUGCAGCAAGUUAACAAAGUCAGGACACUCCCAGAAAAUACGAAGACACAUACAUAUACAGUCCUGAUGAUGGUGAAUCCGUUGGCUCUUCUCGUCGGAUUGACAAUCCUUUUAGAUCCUCUGAGUAUAAUGGUAGAUGGGCUGGGAGUUAAUUGGGGGACAAUGGCCACACACAAGCUCCCACCAAAGACAGUGGUUCAGAUGCUCAAGGACAAUAACAUCAACAAGGUUAAGCUUUUCGACGCUGACGAGACCACCAUGGGUGCGCUCGCCGGCUCUGGUCUGGAAGUGAUGGUUGCUAUCCCCAAUGAUCAGCUUAAGGUCAUGGGAAGCUACGACCGAGCCAAGGAUUGGGUCCACAAGAACGUCACUCGUUAUAACUUCAGUGGUGGUGUCAAUAUCACGUUUGUAGCAGUUGGGAACGAGCCGUUCCUCAAAUCAUACAACGGAACAUUCAUAAACCUAACAUUCCCUGCACUUCAAAACAUCCAAAACGCUUUAAACGAAGCUGGACUAGGAAACUCCGUCAAAGCAACGGUCCCUCUAAACGCGGAUGUCUACGACUCACCAGCAAGCGACCCCGUCCCAUCUGCUGGGAGGUUCCGUCCUGAUAUCCUCGGUCAGAUGACUCAGAUCGUUGACUUUCUCGGCAAGAACAACGCACCCAUCACAAUCAACAUCUACCCUUUCUUGAGUCUCUACGGGAACGAUGACUUCCCAAUCAACUACGCCUUCUUCGACGGUGCUCAACCAAUAGAUGACCACGGUGUUAGUUACACAAACGUUUUCGACGCCAACUUCGACACUUUGGUAUCUUCUUUGAAAGCUGUUGGUCAUGGAGAUAUGCCGAUCAUCGUGGGAGAAGUCGGCUGGCCUACAGAGGGCGACAAACACGCAAACAACGGCGAAGCUUAUAGGUUCUACAACGGGCUAUUACCGAGGCUUGGAACAAACAAAGGAACUCCAUUGAGACCAACCUACAUUGAGGUAUACUUGUUCGGAUUACUAGAUGAAGACGCUAAAAGCAUAGCACCAGGAGCGUUUGAGCGCCACUGGGGACUAUUCAGAUUCGACGGGCAGCCAAAGUUUCCUCUAGACCUCUCGGGACAAGGACAGAACAAGUUGCUGAUUGGCGCGCGGAACGUGACGUAUCUACCAAACAAGUGGUGUAUGUUUAAUCCAAAUGCCAAGGACUUGACGAAGCUGGCUCAGAAUAUAGACUUCGCCUGCACUUUCUCGGAUUGCACGGCGCUUGGCUACGGGUCUUCUUGCAAUGGUCUUGACGCGAACGGGAACGCUUCGUAUGCGUUUAACAUGUAUUUUCAAGUGAAGAACCAAGAUGAGGAGGCUUGUAUCUUCCAAGGUUUGGCUACCGUUACUACGCAGAAUAUAUCUCAGGGCCAAUGUGAUUUUCCUGUUCAGAUUGUUGCUUCUUCCUCUUCUUAUGUGUCUUGUUCUUUGGUCUGGUUGGUCGCUGGAGUUUUGUUUGUCUUGAUGUUUUGAGGUUUAGAUUGUAUGAGGUCCUUAUUGAUUAUAUAUAUUUCCUUUUAUCGUCCA